ACAAUCAAAAAUCAAUUGAAUCAAAUUUUGUAAUAUUUGAAAAAUGGCUUAUUCAUUUUGCACGAUUUGCAAACGUAACACUUGCAAAGGAAUAUCAAAAAUAUAAGAUCUUUUUUAAAGAUGUUACAUUUAUUUAUGAUAUAAAUAAGCAACCAGACUUUUGGUGCAUUUUUUGUGAAGAUGAAGUGAAGCCUAUCUCUCAGGAUGAAAGACAGAUUGUUUG